AUGGUUGAAAGAUUUCAAGUUCAAAUAUUAAAAUUACUAUCUAGAUUCAGAUACUUAUUAUAUAAUAGGACAGUACUCAUUAUUUUUUAUUAUUCUAUUUAUGAUGUUUUGAACAAACCACUAAAACAUCAAAUAUUAUCGAACCUUCUGAUUGUUAAAUCAGGCGAAGAAGAAAAGGACGUUAAAAUCUAG